GUCCUUCUUCCUUCCCACCCCAUCGCUCUUAAAAUCCACACGCAUUUCCUUCUCCCCUGUCUCUCUUCCACACCGUGUCUCCUUCUGUGUGUGCGCCGCCUUCCGAAGAGCUAACCCAUAAGCAGAUGGAGUCGGUCAAACCAAUGGCGUCGUCAAACGACACUCCCGGAUCCGGAACUCCGGCCAAUGGUGGGGAUGCUCCAGUGCCGCCCAAACGCAGGGUGGCGCUGAUCACCGGCAUCACGGGACAGGAUGGAUCCUACUUGACGGAGUUCCUGCUGAACAAGGGGUAUGACGUUCAUGGCCUGAUCCGGCGGUCCUCCAAUUUCAAUACCCAGCGGAUCAAUCACAUCUACAUCGACCCCCACAACGCCCACAAGGCCCGCAUGAAGCUCCACUACGCUGACCUCACCGACGCCUCCUCCCUCCGCCGCUGGCUCGACACCCUCCUCCCUGACGAGAUCUACAACCUCGCCGCCCAGUCCCACGUCGCCGUCUCCUUCGAGAUCCCCGAUUACACAGCCGACGUCGUCGCCACCGGCGCCCUCCGCCUCCUGGAGGCCGUACGCUCCCACAUUGCCGCCACCGGCCGCUCCCACAUCCGCUAUUACCAGGCAGGGUCAUCCGAAAUGUUCGGGUCCACUCCCCCUCCCCAGUCCGAAUCGUCCCCCUUCCACCCCCGCUCCCCCUACGCCGCCGCCAAAUGCGCUGCCCACUGGUACACCGUCAAUUACCGCGAAGCGUACGGGAUCUUCGCCUGCAACGGAAUCCUCUUCAACCACGAGUCGCCCCGGCGCGGGGAGAACUUCGUGACGCGGAAGAUCACUCGGGCCGUGGGUCGGAUCAAGAUCGGGUUGCAGAGCAAGCUAUUCUUGGGGAACUUACAGGCGUCGCGAGACUGGGGUUUCGCGGGAGACUAUGUGGAGGCGAUGUGGUUGAUGCUGCAGCAGGAGACGCCGGACGACUACGUGGUGGCGACGGAGGAGUCGCACACGGUGCAGGAGUUCUUGGAGGCGGCAUUUGGGUACGUCGGAUUGAAUUGGAAGGAUCAUGUGGCGAUCGACAAGCGGUAUUUCAGGCCCGCGGAGGUGGAUAAUCUCGAGGGGGAUUCGAGUAAGACGAGAAGGGUUCUUGGGUGGAAACCCAAGGUGGGAUUUGAAAAGCUAGUGAAGAUGAUGGUGGAUGAAGAUAUUGAACUGGCGAAGAGGGAGAAGGUUUUGGUUGAUGCUGGGUUCAUGGACGCUCAGCAACAACCAUGAGUGAGUGAUUUGUUUUCUCGUAUCUGAUAAUUUCGUUCGGAUCGUACCAACCUUCUUCAAUGAUGAUGAUGGGAUCUGGUUGAAUGUUUUGAUUCAGAAGGUGAAUCUUAUUGUUGUGCUCUUCUUCUCCUCCUCCGUUUUUUGAAGUUUUUUUUUUUUAAUUAUUAAAUUAAAUUUCGGGGCGUUUGAGUUUCUUUUAAUCCAUUCAUUCAAUUCUCAGCUGGUGAAUUUAUGAAACCGAGGGGAAAAUAUUGCUGUUGAGUUUUUAUUACUCUUUAGAGAAGUCCUUCGUUAUUUUUAUAAUAGAAAUAUUGGGAAUGUGAACUGCUCAAGAAAAAAAAAUACCUUGCUUGGAACUGGGAAUGGUAAUGCAAUGACUUGAUUCGGUUUUU